AUGGCCGCCUUCGGAUUCUCCGCGGGUGAUAUUAUCACUUCUAUCAAUCUUAUCAAGGAUGUGAUCAAAGCCUUACGAUCCACGCGUGGAGCUAGCUGUGAGUAUGUUGAUCUCACUUUCGAGUUGUAUGGACUCCAAGACGCGCUUCGGGAGAUCCAGAUUCUGCAUCCUCAACUCGAGCAAGGAUCUUUGCAGGCAUCACUUGCCGCUGCAGCUCAAAAGUGCCAGGCGACAAUCGACAACUUCAUAGAGGGUCUGAAGAAGUACCAGCCAUGUCUGGGCAAUUCAAAUGGGGAGUCACAUUCAUGGCGAGGUACAUUGCGCAAGAUUCAAUGGCAAAUAUGCAAGAAAGACGACAUCGUCAACUUCAGGGCAGAAAUUGGCUCCCAUUCUCACAGUAUCCACAUGUUAUUGCUGAACUACCAAGUCCAAACCGCACAGCUUCAACGCAAGACCUUGGAAGAACAAAAUGCUGACCUGAAAGAUAACACCGAGGUGUUGAAGCAGCUCGAGGUGGCCGUCCAUGAAACAAAAACGGAAUACGGAAACCUCUGUCGCGACGUCCAGAACUCCAUGGCUGUAAUUACCAACAUUGAACGGAUGGGACAGACCAUUAUGCAAGUUUCCGCUUCCGGCUACCAGACCCUGCAUCUCCUAGAGUCUCUUCGCAAUUCAAUACCAGCACCAGUGCUCCUUCAGAAUCCUAUCAUAUUUAGAGACGCAUUGGACCGGGUUGCACCUAUUCAUCUCGACUGGAUCGACUCCUGGGAAGCCUUUUUGGCUGUAUUGAGGCUGCGGUUUGAAGACGUCGGAGCGCAGAAGAUUAGACGCGGAGAGUUCAUCCUGCAAGACCCAGCGGCUGGUGAUAUCGACUUCUCACGGCCUUGGAAGGUCUGUUUCUCUCCUGGACAGCAAAUUGAAAUGUUCGUUACCUCAAAGCGCAGGGAGAAGGUCGGCAACGCGACCUGCCCUGUUUGCCGGCAGGAACAUGUUGGCGAUUCUUCCGUCGAGAUCGAGUGUGAGCGAUGUCACAGAACGUUCCGUCGGGUGAUCGAUCUCGAGCACGAGAUCCUUCACGGUAAUUCAAAAGCCGAGAGACAGGUGUCUCGGCUUGAUUCUCCGUCUCGGACCCAAGCACCCAUCCCAGAAUCUUCAACGAUUAGAGGCAAGUGCAAGAGGGUCUAUGACAGCUAUCUGGACGACGUUGAAGAACCCCUCGGCGCGUUCAGACGUGUUCGUAUCUUGUGUCGGAAGCCCCCAGAGCCGUUUACAUAUUCCGAAACCUUGCGGAACCCCAUACGUCUUGAUGAAAGAGAAGAGCUCGCUAUCGUAGUCUUUCCAGGACCUGUCCGCAUAAUUGAAAUUUACCAGGACGAUGAACUUCGGGCGAUCAACCGUGCUCAUAUCACAUUACAACUUCUCUAG